AAAAGGUCAAAUUCCUGCCUUGCACCGUCUCCCUCCCCGAUCUUCUUCUACGGUCUCGUCUUACUCUCUGUUAGCGAUGAAUAAAAAAACUUAGACAGCAAGACGGUCGCUCCAGUUUGAGCUCUCUGUCUUCACAUAAUUUUGAGUUCAAUGCCUGCACAGAAGCGUCCACUGCCGGAGGAUUCAAACCCCGAGGAUGAUGAUCAAGAAGCAGGAAGAGGAGAAGAACGGGGAGAGUCUUCUCGACGCCCGUCGUCAUCGUCGCCACCGCACCAAAACGGCAACCACCAUCAUCACGGCUCAUUUCCCAGGCAAUCUCGGGACGAUACUAUGCCAGCCCGAAGUCAGCUGAAACCGGGCGAGGAGGUGGAAGACGACGGGGACGAAGACGAAGAUGAUUCGGAGGAGGGAGACGAGAAGCAAGGGGCGGCGGGAGAGGAGGAAGACGCCGACGACGACGACGAAGAGGAGGAAUACGAAGAAGACGAAGAGGAGGAAGAGAAACGCCGCCGCGGCGCUGGAGGAGAUUCUGAGUCCACUGAGUCAUCCAGUUCGGAGGAGGAGGAGGAGGAAGAAGAAGAAGAGGAAGGGGAUAAGCCUGAGUUUGUCUUUGUUGAACUACCAGAAAUUCGUAAAGAUGUGCAAUGCCCUAUAUGCCUAGGGAUCAUAAAGAAAACAAGAACCGUCAUGGAGUGCUUACAUCGCUUUUGCAGGGAAUGCAUUGACAAAUCAAUGCGAUUCGGGAACAAAGAGUGCCCGGCUUGUCGUACCCAUUGUGCAAGUCGGCGUUCUUUGAGAGAUGAUCCUAAUUAUGAUGCUUUAAUUGCAGCUUUAUAUCCUGAUAUUGAUAAGUAUGAGGAAAAGGAAUUGGCUUUCCAUGAAGAGGAAAGGACUCGGAACAAGCAGAUACAAGCAUCUAUAGCCCAAAUAUUUCAAAGGCAGUCAGAAGCAUUGGCGAGGAGGCGGAACAUUGGAAAAGAAUCACCUGCACAAUUUGCUGCCAGAUCACAGAGGAACCUUCGAACUACUCAAUCAAGGAGACAGAGAAACAGAAGAAGUAUGGAUUAUCAAGGAUCUGAAGAUAUGGAGGAAGAAAAUAACGAGGACACUGUAGACGGCAAGGAUUCGUCCUCUGCUGAUGAACGAUCUCCAGAAGUUAGGCCGAGAAGACGAAGGGGACGACCAGGGCUGAGGACCUCUCAUCCGCCUUCUUCAUCAGGAGUGAACUCUGGAGGAGUUACUGCUGACAAUAAUGAUCAAGAAACUAGCCGAGAACACCAGGGAAUGUCUCUCGUGCUCCCAUUUAUUAAUACUGAAAUGCUUAAUUGGGGGAGGGGCGGCACGAGGAGCAACACCCGGCAUGGCGCUGCUAGUAGCAGCAAUAAUAGGCACAUGCGAAACAGUCGCAUAUCAAAGCUGAUGGAGCAUCUUAAAAAUACAUCAGUUGAAGAAAAAACUGAGGAAGAGUCGGAUUUGAAUCUGAUAGUACUUCCCCUGGAGAAAGAAUCCUCACCAAGUUUGGAACAGCCUUAUUUUCGCUGCCGAUCUACCUCGUCUAUUGGACAAAUCCGGGAGUUCAUUGCUCAGAAAUUGUCACUGACUGCUGAAGAAGUCGAUCUCUAUUUGGUGGCUGAGUUCUAUGGCAUGCUUCCCACCCUUGAAACUCCAUCUUCCAAGGAUGGCCUGCAGGUAUUGGAAAACAACGAGGAAACAUUAGCAAUGCUAACAAGAGGCCAUGCUGACUUCACGAGCUACCUUCCCAGAAGUUAUUUGAUGAUAGCAUUCAACAAGAAGCUGAAGGUGGAGCGGGAAGCUGCUGCUAGUGGAGGACGAAUGGAGGCUGAGGCACCUUCUGGCGCCAAGGAGGAAGUAAAGGAGGAGCAAUAAAAAGAAAGAGGCUUCUGGAUCUGGUCGAUGAGGCGUGUCAUACAUACAAAUACUGUAGCUUUGUAAGUUAUGGGUUUGCAGUAUAAGGACCAAAACUACAGGCAAAAAGUUCAUAAUCCUUCGACAUUGAGGCUCUCGUGUGGCAUCCUGCAGGUUUCUUUAUCAAAAUUGGAAGGGAAGGAAUGUGUAGGACCUUUCUCCCGCGUUUCAAUUUAUAAUCCGCGGAGAAUGAAGCCUAGUCGGCAUAGGGUCCAGUCUGUUUCCAUAAGGACUUACCAGUGUUCAGUCUGUUGCACAGAAAUAUAAUCGUCCUUUUCUGUAAUUGCUGAAUUAAUCAAGGAAGUCACGGCAGCAGAACAUAGCUACUUUCCAAUGAACUGAACCAACCCCGGGCGAAGCAAGGAACACAGUGGUUGUGGAAUGAGCUCCUCGUCGUGAAUAGCAGUCUAGCCGAGCUUGGAAAAGCCAUCGCCUCGAAAGGUGCGUGCAAUACGAUCUCUUGCCAUUGGAGUCGGACUUGACUAAGAAAUCAUAGUAGCCAAGCUAGCUCCCACAGCAAGGUAAUGCCAUCGUCACAUCA